AUGGCCGCCUUUGUGCGAGUUUCGGGGCCGCCUAAUGGCAACUUCUUGAUGGGCUACCCAGGUAUAUCUGCGACUAUGCCACGUAUUCAAGGCAAAGUCGAGAUCAGGCCGAGUGUCGGUAUCACAGCGCCCGUCAACGUAUCCCUCGUCACAGUGUCUUUGGUUCGUCGAGAAACAAUUCACCCUUCCGCCGAUUCAGUCGCAAAGAGACGCCUAGCGCCUCCGAGAAAGGACAUUACAGAUAUUGUCGGCAAGGAGAUGCUCCUUUUCCGUUGUCCAGCUGGCCGGGAAUAUGAAGAGGUUUUAUCGAUGGACCUGCCGUUUGUACUGUUUAUUCCAUUUGGACGAGGAGGACCAGACGCAUCUCGACGAGUUCCUCCAGCUAGCCUACAACUCCCCAGCCGGACCGCCGAAACAUACUAUGAGAUUGUGGUGACGGUACAACAAGGACAUUCUGACCAGAGGAAAUAUGCGUUCCCAGUUCCUAUUGCGCGGUACGACACACUGUCGACAUUUGGAAUGUACAACCGUCCAGAGUCUGCAGAACAAGUGUCGGACCACCUGGUAACCUUGGGAAUAUCCUUACCGCGGUGGUCAUACGGCCCUCUCGACCCUGUAAGCGUCUACGUCAAGUUAUCACCGAAUCCUGACUGGAUGGGGAAAGCGAGAAAGGUCACGAUAAACAAGAUCACUAUCUGCAUCGAAGAGGAAAUUAUCUAUAAUCACGAGGGCGAUGAACCCCAACGAAAGAUUAAACAACUAACGAAACGGACAGAACCCAUCGGGGUAAAGAUGCCCCCGACAGGGUUUCUGACAAACAUGGGCCUGGUGUUUCCAGCGAAAGAUAUGCGGGACGCAGAUGGAGUUCUCCCUAGGGGAAAGCCAGGAUUUCCCACGUACGCCGUCAGCGGUUUCACCACCACAGCAAGCCUGUAUAAGAUUGAGUACUACUUAACAGUCAAGGUGAGUAUAUCUAAUAUCUACCAAAGUUUCGUCCUGACUGUUACAGGCACACCUUACGUCCGCAAGAGAUAUUGUAAUCCGACAGCCAAUCGUUGUCUGUCCGCUCGACCACGCCGGGUGCAAAGAGGAGAUGGAAGCCAUUGA